CCGGCGCCAACGGCGUCCUCUCCGUAGCAUGCGCUACGUCGCCUCCUACCUGCUGGCCGCCCUUGGGGGCAACGCGUCGCCCAGCGCCAAGGACAUCAGGAAGAUCCUGGACAGUGUGGGCAUCGAGGCGGACGACGAGAGGCUCAACAAGGUCAUCAGUGAACUCAAUGGCAAGAACAUUGAGGAUGUGAUCGCCCAGGGCAUUGGCAAGCUGGCCAGUGUGCCGGCUGGGGGGGCUGUGGCCGUGUCUGCUGCCCCGGGAUCCGCGGCCCCUGCUGCCGGUGCGGCCCCUGCAGCAGCGGAAGAGAAGAAGGAGGAGAAGAAGGAAGAGUCGGAGGAGUCGGAUGACGACAUGGGGUUCGGCCUGUUUGACUAGAUCCUGCGUCCCCCCAAUAAAGCCUUUUAUGUUA